GUAUAUAAAUAGUAUAGAAAGUCAAAAUGAUGCAUGUAUUGUGAAACGGAGGAAGUAUGAACUAUAAAGGAAGUCACUAAUUGGUUGUAAAAGCUUUACGUAGAUUGUGCAGACAAAUGCUAGUAGGGAUAGCAAAAGCUUUUCACGGCAGAUGCUAUGCUAGCUUAAUGAUGUCUACUCAACAUUAGGAUACGUCUGAUGAUGAGCAGAAUUGAUGCUGCAAGCAGAAUAUCUGCAAAAAGUCUGUAUGAAAGUUACCAUGAAGCUAACAUCUAUUAUAUGAUUGCUUUCGCUCGCACAAGUUUCUCAGAUUAUUCUUGCGAGCAAAUUCAUGAUGGUUUAAAGGGGAUACUAUUCUUAAAGAAACCAUGAAAGGCAGCUAAUUCCUUGACAUGGUAGCUCUUAUGUGUCUCAAGAGUCCUUUGUACAUGAGGCUUCAUGUUCACUUAAUAAACCAUCCAAUCUGUUGAGCAUUGUUUUGUGGUAGUAAAAUUAUUUCUUAGGGUACCAAUACCCUUAUUAUUUCUAGAAGAUUCAUCUUGCCAUGAUUGGAACAGUUUUUCUUUUCUAAUAUAUGGUUAUCUUCGGUUGAUUAAGUUUAAAUUAUAAUACAAAUUAUAUUAUAGGAAUCCUUCUUCACUUCUCUUCACCUUAUAACGCAUGAACUUAUUUGUACUUAUUGGACAUGAUUUCAAGAGACUAAACUUGAGAGAGUAUACUUAUCGGACCUAAUUAGAACUUAUAGGACCUGGUUGCAACUUAUCUGAACUUCUUGGACCUGAAACUUUUUUUUUAAAGGUGAAGAGAACGCACCCUAAGUGUAUGGUUUUCCAUUCACAUAUUAGUAGAUUUUUGUAGUAAAUUUGUUUCUUAACAUUACACUGCUUGUGAUUUAGUAGAACCCUAUAUGAUGACUAAUCUCCAAGUUUCUUAACAUUAUACUGCUUAUGAAUUUGUGGAACCCUAUGUGUUGAGUUAUCUCAAAGUUUGAUGUAAAUUAAAGAACCUCCUUUUGGAAAAUGAUUUUUUCAUUAUUUUAUAAGUACAAGAAUUGAAACCUUCACCUGUUAAGUUGCAAUGUUCAAGAACCAAAAGUUAUAGACUUAUAGCCUAGAAAGGGAUAUAUGCACUACUGAAAUGUCUAAACUAUUGUAGAAAUAUUCAUAAACUUGUAUUCCCCAUUACCAAUUAGGAAAAGAAAAAAAGGAGUUGUAAACAUCAUGAAGUCCUUGGCAUACUUUAGAGGCAAUAUGUUGCAUAAUCCUUUUGUUGAAGGCCAAAUUUGAUGUAAAAUACAUAUAUGUUCAGACUUGUUUAAUUCAUAAUUGCUGGAAUUAUUCUUCGGCCAAAAGAUUAAGGUAUUAACUUAUAUGGAUAUUCCAUCUUUAUUCGUAAUUAAGUUUUACCGGUACUUUUUCUUCAAAGUUGAGCCCCACACCUACCUAGUCACUUUUUUCAGUUAUCACUCUCCUUAACCUCCGCGUAGAAGUCAAUGUACACAAUUUUUGUAUGAGAUAGGAGGAGUAUUUAUAUUCGAUGCAUCGUAAUUUACCAGCCAAAACUCCCUUUCUCUCUCCCUUUUGUGUUUUGCCUUAAUGCUCAUUACUGUUGUUUAUGUAUGUUUACUUUCCUUUUGUUUUUUUCUCCACUAAGAAUGUAUGUACAAAUUGCUAUGUUUUGCUUUUGUGGCUAAGAUUAGGGAAUUUCUUACUUUGUUCCAUCCUUGCGUUGGUAUGAUGUUUCAAACAUGAAGUGAUGUAUAAAAAACAAAUGUUGGCUUCGUGCUCGAAUUCCAUCCAUGUUUCUAACAUUAAUGUUGUCCAGAGUUGGGAUUCUUAUCAACAUACGGGUAGGAGACAACGAUAGGGGCAAAGAGAACCACUACAUAUGCCUGAAGGAAACAUGAGAUCAUAUUCUGAUCCCCCUCCACCCACAUUCACCUUACUAUCUUUUACUCUUAAUCCUUUAACAAAGGAGUAGAUGUGACCACACUUUUGUAUUAAAGGAAACGUUGGAGAGGCUGCAUGUGUAGGAAAGAGGACUCUGAUUUUCACUUUCUCCAACUCUCAUUUCUCUUGGCUGUGGAAUCAGAAUAAAGGGUGCUAGAAUCUCUCUGCACUUUCUUUCCCAAUUAACAAUUGUGCAAAUAUUUUUGCAGUAAGCUGAACAAAGAGGACAUGACAAUGACUAAUGAUUGAAAGAGAAUAUUCUCAAUCAAGAAAUCGUAGCCGUCAGGUAUGGUGAAGUUUUCCCAUACUUGUUGCCCAUCCAAAGCUCCAAUUGUUGUGAAAAGAACUGACAGAAAAAGUGCUUUAUGAUUGCUUGCUGGUCGUUACUAUACACAAGGGCAGAGUUUCUGUUUGUAGUUUAGCUACUUUGGCAUCUCAUACGUACUAUUCUCUAACCCCUUGGUUAAUUUAGUUUCUAUUACAGGGUUACAUUUAUUGUUUAUGCUCCACUCAUGAGUGGUAAGCAUGCUAGCAAGAUUUUAGACUGAUAAUGCACCGAAUGGCCAAAUUAUGCCAUGCACCCAAGUGUACAGAGCUAAUUACAACCACCAACUCGAGCACCACACAUGUUGGGGCAUGAGGUGUGCGUGAAUGGCAUACACUAAACGCGUACCUCACAUACCAGUGCACACCAUGGCGCUGAUAGGUACACAGAUAUCCACAUCAGGGUGCAUCUUAUAUGCAGUGUUAUGAAGAUAUUUACACACAGUAUUAUAUAUGCGGUGUUCUGAAGAUAUUUACACACAGUAUUAUAUUUAUAGAUGACAGAAGUUUUAUUUAAACCUUGUACUUAACAGAAUCAACUAAGAAUAGAAUGUAUUAAGUGUAACUGCAAUUCACUAGGGGGUACAGGAAAAUUUUUGGAAUCUGCAGGAGCUAAUUUUCACAGCCAAUAAAAUGACAAACCGGGUUUGUCAGUCUGGUAUGUUCCUUUUUCUAAUAUUUGUUUAAAACUCCUUCCUGGCAUAGUUUAAAGGUAAAAUGCUAUGCCAACUUCACAGUGCAUCCAUUAUCUGUUGGUUUUAUGCUCCAUAGUCCAUACCAUAUCGUUCUCAAUCAUUUAAUUGUGGCCCCAAACCAUCCCUACUUGAGAACAUUCUCACUUCCCUCUUCCCCUCUCUUUUAGUUUUCACUCUUUUAUUCCCUUUUUCUCUCUCCUAUCCUGGAAUCCUACUAUAUAAACCCCAUUUGGUGUGUCCAUAUGAUAUGAACUAACACUCAAGCUUCAGUUAACAGAACUUGAAACAAAAACCAUCUCGUUACACUUGUACCACUACUACCACAGUAAUGGAGCGUAACCAAUUGCAUCGUCAAGUUGCUCAGAUGAGACAAUCUUUCUUUGAUCAGGGAUUUUUGGAUGAACAAUUUAUUCAGCUAGAAGAAUUGCAGGAUGACACGAACCCGAAUUUUGUAGAGGAAGUUGCAACUCUCUUCUAUAGAGACUCAGGAAGGUUGCUAGCUAAUCUAGAACAAGCAAUGGAAAGAAGCUCACUAGAUUUUGUAAGGCUGGACAAUAUCAUGCAACAGUUUAAAGGAAGUUGCUCAAGCAUCGGAGCCAAAAGGGUAAGAAAUGAAUGCAAUCAGUUCAAAGAAUACUGCAGGGCAGGAAACAGUGAUGGCUGCAUGAGGACUUUCCAGCAAUUGAAGAGAGAAUAUGCGACUCUGAAAAGGAAACUUGAAUCCUAUUUUCAGUUAGUUAGACAAGUUGGACCAAGGGAGAUGGCUACUCGCCCACGUUAGAUGGAAGAAAUUACGACUCAGAAAUGUGAUUGGUGAAUUACGUACGUUGUACCAGUUUAUGAUCUAGAAAUCUCAGCUGCAGACCAGAUCCCUUAAUUAGGCCCUGCUUCUUGAUCUUUAACUGAUCCAUGAAAAAGGGAGAGUUUUGCAUGUCUCCCUUUUGCUUCAACUCCCUUAUGUAACAGAUAAAUUUUAUGUUGUAUGAGUCUUUGGUUGAAUGAAAGGUGGGUUAAUUUAAUGAUAA